GCCGACCCGCGUCCCCUCCCCAGGAGGUGCCGGGCGCUGUGGGGAGAGAGCGCUCCAAACGCGGACGUCUCCCGGCUCUCCCCCCUCCCUGCUUUCCGUUAGGAACCCGGCGAGGAAAUACCUGCGCUCGCUGAGGAUCACUGGCGCCGGGGCGCAGCGCCACAAGGUGUAAGGAGCGACGGGGUGGGGAGAGAGGGGACCCAGGAGUCCCCGAGGCUCGAGUGCCCGCCGUCGGCUCUGCAUUCCUGCCCGCGGGGCAGACGGAGUGACCCGGCCCCUGCUCCUCGCCCUGACCAUGGUAGUGUUCAAUGGCCUUCUUAAGAUCAAAAUCUGCGAGGCCGUGAGCUUGAAGCCCACAGCCUGGUCGCUGCGCCAUGCGGUGGGACCUCGGCCGCAGACUUUCCUUCUCGACCCCUACAUCGCUCUCAACGUGGACGACUCUCGCAUCGGCCAAACGGCCACCAAACAGAAGACCAACAGCCCGGCCUGGCACGACGAGUUCGUCACCGAUGUGUGCAACGGGCGCAAGAUCGAGCUGGCUGUCUUUCACGAUGCCCCCAUCGGCUACGAUGACUUCGUGGCCAACUGCACCAUCCAGUUCGAGGAGCUGCUGCAGAACGGGAGCCGCCACUUCGAAGACUGGAUUGAUCUGGAACCAGAAGGAAGAGUUUAUGUGAUCAUCGAUCUCUCAGGGUCGUCAGGUGAAGCCUCUAAAGACAAUGAAGAGCGGGUGUUCAGGGAGCGCAUGCGACCGAGGAAGAGGCAAGGGGCCGUCAGGCGCAGGGUUCACCAGGUCAAUGGCCAUAAGUUCAUGGCCACUUACCUUCGGCAGCCCACCUACUGCUCCCACUGCAGAGAUUUCAUCUGGGGGGUCAUAGGAAAGCAGGGAUACCAAUGUCAAGUUUGCACUUGUGUCGUGCACAAGCGGUGCCAUGAGCUCAUCAUCACGAAGUGCGCUGGAUUAAAGAAGCAGGAAACCCCUGAUGAGGUGGGAUCCCAGCGGUUCAGCGUCAACAUGCCACACAAGUUCGGGAUCCACAAUUACAAGGUCCCCACCUUCUGUGAUCACUGUGGUUCCUUGCUGUGGGGCCUCUUGCGGCAGGGUUUGCAGUGUAAAGUCUGCAAAAUGAAUGUUCACCGUCGAUGUGAGACCAAUGUAGCACCCAACUGCGGGGUGGACGCUAGAGGGAUCGCCAAAGUGCUGGCCGACCUUGGAGUCACUCCGGACAAAAUCACCAACAGUGGCCAGAGGAGGAAAAAGCUCGUUGCUGGUGCCGAGUCCCCCCAGUCUGCUUCUGGAAGCUCCCCAUCUGAGGAAGAUCGAUCCAAGUCAGCACCCACCUCCCCUUGUGACCAGGAAUUAAAAGAACUUGAAAACAAUAUCCGGAAGGCCUUGUCUUUUGACAACCGAGGAGAAGAGCACCGGGCAUCAUCCACUGACGGCCACCUGGCCAGCCCUGGCGAGAAUGGUGAAGUCCGGCAAGGCCAGGCCAAGCGCUUGGGCCUAGAUGAGUUCAACUUUAUCAAGGUGUUGGGCAAAGGCAGCUUUGGCAAGGUCAUGUUGGCAGAACUCAAGGGCAAAGAUGAAGUGUAUGCUGUGAAGGUCUUAAAGAAGGAUGUCAUCCUUCAGGAUGAUGACGUGGACUGCACAAUGACAGAGAAGAGGAUUUUGGCUCUGGCUCGGAAACAUCCAUACCUAACCCAACUCUACUGCUGCUUCCAGACCAAGGAUCGCCUCUUUUUUGUUAUGGAAUAUGUCAAUGGUGGAGACCUCAUGUUCCAGAUUCAGCGCUCCCGCAAAUUCGAUGAGCCUCGUUCCCGGUUCUAUGCUGCAGAGGUCACUUCGGCACUCAUGUUCCUCCACCAGCAUGGAGUGAUCUACAGGGAUUUGAAACUGGACAAUAUCCUUCUAGAUGCAGAAGGCCACUGCAAGCUGGCGGACUUUGGGAUGUGCAAGGAAGGGAUUCUAAAUGGGGUGACGACCACCACGUUCUGCGGGACUCCUGACUACAUAGCUCCUGAGAUCCUACAGGAGCUGGAGUACGGCCCCUCUGUGGACUGGUGGGCCCUGGGGGUGCUGAUGUACGAGAUGAUGGCUGGGCAGCCCCCCUUUGAGGCUGACAAUGAGGACGACCUCUUUGAAUCCAUCCUCCAUGACGAUGUGCUCUACCCUGUCUGGCUGAGCAAGGAAGCUGUCAGCAUCCUGAAAGCUUUCAUGACCAAGAACCCACACAAGCGCCUGGGCUGUGUGGCCGCACAGAAUGGUGAGGACGCCAUCAAGCAGCACCCCUUUUUCAAGGAGAUCGACUGGGUGCUCUUGGAGCAGAAGAAGAUCAAGCCGCCCUUCAAGCCGAGAAUUAAAACCAAAAGAGACGUCAAUAACUUUGACCAAGACUUUACCCGGGAAGAGCCAGUACUCACGCUUGUGGACGAAGCAAUUGUGAAGCAGAUCAACCAGGAGGAAUUCAAAGGUUUCUCCUACUUUGGUGAAGACCUGAUGCCCUGAGAAGCCACUUGGGCUGGGCUUGCCACUGCUGCAGGGAGGGCGCUGAGAAGACCCCACGUUCCAAAGGCUCAGAAGGUCCAGAACUACUCCUCUUCCCAGAGCCCUGUCCCAUGCCGUUCUCUAUUUAUUGCAUUCCCUUCCCCAACACCACCUCCUCUCCCAUCUCCUGGUGACCAAAAGGCACUCUUGGGUCUUGCCUCACUGGGAGUACAUACUGGAGUUAAGUCAGCAGCCGGGUGUCUACACUGCCUUGUUUGGACUGUGGCAAGCCUGGUUCCACUCCACGGGGGCUCCUAGCUGUGAAGCAGCUUCAGUUGUUUCACCACAAAGAAAAAAGGAAAACAUCAAACAAGAGGACUCUGGCUUUGCCAUUGGAUGCAGAAUCCUGACACCUCUGCUUCUUGUGCUUCUGUUCCCCGGCCUGCCAUCCCUGCCCUUCUGCCCAGAAGAGGAGACUACCACUUCCUCCACAUGAGGGCAGGUGCCCUUGAUGGAGGGGACCCAGGAGACACAUGGGCGGCAAGCUGCGUAGUUUGCUCUGGAAUGGCACAUUCCGGCUUGCUUUGGUGUCCGAUUUUGAGCAUGCCAAAGUCUUACAAGUUUGUAUCUCAUGGAAGAAAUCACUUUUGUGGAAAAAAAUAAUUUUGAUUUUUGAACUUCAUUAACAUUUGAAAAAUGUAUUAUUAAAAUUAGCUUUCUGAUUGGCCAAAAGAUAGAAAUUCCAGUAUGAAUACAGGUGGAUAUUAAAGGGCUAAUAUACAAUGAGAAUCCAGUUGUCCAAGGUUUGUGCAGUCGAUGCUUUAGUGACACAUGAGAGCUGGUUGAAUUGAAAGAAAAGGAAACAAGUAGUGUUCCUCAUUAUUAUAGCUCUGUCUGAAUACAGAGGCCACCAUGGCGAUGGCCAGGACCCUAGGGUUCUAGCAAAACUCAGUUCCCAGGGUCGUCCUGAGUUCCUAGCAUAAAUGCUACUUAUUUUUUGCAGCAGUGUGCUAUUUUGUGCCCUUCUAAAAAAUGGUAGUACUACUGUGUUGUGAUUUGUAAACCUUAAACAUUUAAAGUUAACUAUGAACUGUCCAUUUUUGGAACAAGUGGAAUGAGGCUCACCAUGCAUUGGGGAGAGGGUGUCAGGAGACCAAAGGGACAGGUGUGCAAACUGACAGUGUGGCCGGGUAUACUUGGAGCUUUGUUUCCGUGUGACACGCAGUGGCAACUCAUGUGGACACUACUUAUGGACGAGAUGUUACCUCCUGUAGAUACGCUAACAGUGUUACGUUCUUUGAUUUCCAAGGUUUCUCUGUGGCUUUGUGUAUAUGUUUCCCGGAGGUCAUUUGAUUACCUAUUUUGCUGAACUGAUUUAUCAGGGAAUGGAAUCCAUUCUAACUGUUGCACGUGGAUUUCCCAGCUGUUCCCAAAUAUAUAUACUUGUGAGUGGCAAACUGGCACUAAUGAAGCUUUUUGCCUUUUGUACAUUUGAGAUUUUUGUAUAUAGUGUUUGCUGCAAGGCCUGUGGAAUUAAUUCAUUGAAUAUAGAGGUAUCAACUGCUGCAUGUUCAGGCAUAUUAUAGAACUUUAGUCUACGAAAGAAUAAUUAUAAUAAUGUCCAGGUGCAAUACUCUAUAAGCGUAUUGGUUCAAGUUACCGAGAGAUAGGUGAAUUCUUUUUAGGGGGAGGGCUUAUAUUGUUUAUUUCAUUUUGUUUUAUUUUAAAAGAUGUAAACAUACGUGUAUUAAGCUAUAUUAAAUUUCAUGUAUAGUUCGCCUGUGCUCUUUUAUUCCCUGAUUGAGAUGGGGGACAGAAAGGAAUGUUGUCCAUUGUGGUUUUAAAGCCUGGACAGUGACUAUUUCGAGCCCACAGAGUGUGUCCCUAUUUGCAUCUGGCUGAUCACAGCCUUUGUUACUAACGAUGACAUUCAGUUCUCUUUUGUUUUUAUUUUUUAAAAACUCAGGUGUAAUUAUCUGUUCUUACGAUUGCAAAUAUUAAAUAUUAUGCUAUAUCAAUCCAUGUGUUUGGCAUACCAGUGAAGUGCAGAAGAAUAUUGGAUUAAUUUAAUUUAUGUUCGGUAACUUGACUUACCAGGGGCAGACUAUCUUCUGGAGCAGAGUACAAGCACAGAAACAUCUUCACGGUGGUAUCAUCUCAUUUUUUAGGGAGACACGACAAUACGCCCAACAUACUCAUGCAUAAUCUCUAUCAACCCCUCCUCCCAUCUGUCCUUCCUGCUUCCUUCACCCCUGUAAACUUUAGACAACCGAGCCAUCUUCAGCUGCAAUGCCAAAUGGCCUUUACCAAGGGCUUGGUGGUGUUUGCAUGGCUGUGGGGGUUAGGCCCUUUCUGCAGGACAACAGGCAUUUUCGCUGGGAAGUCAAAUAAUACAUUCCACCCGGCAGCUGUAGGCCCCCUUAGCACCCACAGCCUGCAGCUGGGAUGCUCCACUGACUCACACAGGCAGGUUGAAAUGCAGCCUAGACCUAUGGGAAAGGCUGCUGUGUUCUUGAGUACUUAUCUUUUCAUUUAGAAGGAUUUGGAAGCAGACAAACUGUUACAUUUCUGCCAGUUCUUUAUAAUCUUUCCAGCUCUUUCUCAAUCACUCUCUUUUUUAAAGAAAAAAAAGUGCAAAAAAUGCCAAAAAAAAAAAAAAAUGAAGGAUGGCUAUUCUCCUGUGUUCUCUCGUUAUAGAUUUUGUGAGGUAGAAACAUAAUUUUUUCCUCCAAAGGUGAAAAGAUAACAUAUUCUUGCUUUAUAAAAACAAAACAAGGCUAAAAUGUUACCUCUUUUUAAAUUACGUGCAAAGUAAUUCGGGCUAAAUAUAAAACACAUUCAAUGUUAAGGGUUUUAUUUUGUAUUGUGAUGCUUUAUUUGUACAUUUUUUUUCCUUUCUGGGUGUAAUUUUAAUCUCUUGCCAUUCAUUAGUGUUAUUUCAUUGUAAACAUUGUUGUGCCAAAUGUACUGUAUUCAAAAGGAUGUGA